AAAAUGAACGGAAUCCGAACGCAAAAUUUACCCAAAAUCCAAUCCUUCCCCAAAACCCUCCAAUAUCCCCCCAAAUCCAUCGGCGAAACCCUAAAGAAUCUUCUCUCUCAGCUCGACCGGUGCUGCUCUUCCCCCUCUUCUCUUCUCCAACUCCAUGCCAAAAUCCUCAAAUCCCACUUCUCCCACAACCCCUUCCUCCUCACUCGCCUCGCUCGCGCCCACCUCGUCUUCCAAAACCUCGCUUUCGCCCGCAGAAUUCUCUUCAAUUUCCCCAAGAAAGCUCCGCUUUUCUUAUGGAAUGAAACAAUCAAAGCGUUUUCGAGGGGCGGAUUCUUCCGGGAAUCCAUUGAUUUGUACGGUUCGAUGGUCUCGCGAGGCGUUCGUCCGAAUGAGUUCACAUUCACGUUUGUUCUGCCUGCUUGUGCUGGGUUGAGGAGCAUUGAUGAAGGUCGCAGAGUUCACGAGGAUGUGGAAAGGAUGGGGAUGGAGUCUAAUUUGUUCGUGGGGACGGCGAUCAUUGAUAUGUAUGGCAAGUGCCGGCAGAUUGGGCCUGCGCGGGAGGUGUUUGAUAGAAUGCCGCAGAGAAGUACUGCGGCUUUUAAUGCUAUGAUUGCUGGGUAUGUAUUAUGUGGAAAAUACGAGCAAGCAAUGUCGACCUUCGAGCAGAUGAGAAAAUCAGAAGUACAAUAUGAUGCAGUGACUAUGGUGAGUGUCCUCCAAGCUUGUUCCUCUAUAGGAGCCUUGCAACAAGGAAGAUGGAUACAUGAAAAUUUGAUUAAAAAACAUCUGGAGAUAAACUCACAUUUAGGUGCCGCCCUUAUAACUAUGUAUGCGCGAUCCGGCAGCAUAAAAGAAUCGAAAAUGGUGUUCAACGGAAUGCGGGAGAGAGAUCUGGUAUGUUGGACUGCCAUCAUUUGUGGAUAUGGAAUGCAUGGGCUUGCAGAGGAUGCAGAAAUGCUAUUUAACCAGAUGGUGGAAGCUGGUGUUGAGCCUGAUAGUAUCAGUUUUGUGGGCAUUUUGUCUGGUUUCAGCCAUAAGGGGAUGGUUGAUGAGGGCCAGAAAUACUUCAAGAAGAUGACUAAAGACUAUUGUAUUGUGCCUACAUUAGAGCAUUGUGGUUGUAUGGUUGAUUUGCUUGGCAGAGCAGGUAGACUGGAAGAGGCCGAGAGGUUUGUUAAAACGAUGCGCGUGAAACCCGAUGCCGGCGUCUGGGGUGGGUUGUUGAAUGCGUGCAAGAUCUACGGCAAUGUCGACAUGGGCGAGCGACUCACGGAUGAAAUAUUAAAGCUGGAUCCCGGUAAUGCUGGUUGGUAUGUUCUCAUGUCCAACAUCUAUGCGGCCGCGAGGCAUUGGAAUGGUGUCGCGAAGAUGCGGCGGUUGAUGAGGGAGAGGAAGGUUUCGAAGCUUCCAGGGUGGAGUUCGACGGAGGUUGGAGGUGCAAUUCAUUAUUUCGCCUCGUUCGAUAAACAACAUCCUAUGAUGGAGCUAAUAUACAAGUUUUUGAAGGACCUUGAGGAGAAGAUGCGAGAGGAGGGUUAUGUUGCGGAAACCAAAUGUGUGUUGGUGAACUUGAAUGAGGAAGAGAAGGAAGAGAUGCUUUGUGGGCACAGUGAAAGAUUGGCGAUUGCCUUCGGAAUUUUGAGCGCGAAGGACGGGGAGGUGUUAAGGGUGAUGAAAAACUUGAGAGUGUGUGUGGAUUGUCAUUCCGCAACUAAGUUUAUAUCGAAGAUUACUAAGAGGACAAUCAUAGUUCGAGAUGCGAAAAGGUUCCAUCAUUUUGAAAAUGGGGCCUGCUCUUGCGGAGAUUAUUGGUGACUCAUAUGCUCAAUCCUUGUAUAUUAUGUAUGUCAUUUGAUGUAUUUAUGUCCUUUGUUUCUCUAUGAUGUUGGCCUAGAGGUCCAAGGAGAGAUAUACAAGAGUUUCAUGUCUUUAGUUUGUAGGUGGAAUUUUCCUUAGAAUCCAUAUGGGAUAUCAAAUUUUGAUUGUUUA